UUAUGGCCACCGGGAUCCUCCUCGGCCUAUAAAUCCGUCUCGGCAUUUAUGAGCACGGACGGCUCUCGUCCCCCUCACUUCACUUGUCGUUCGUUCAGUUCCUGUCGCUGCCGACGCCGCCGAGGCCCGAGGGGAAUCGACCACCAUCACCAUGGGGAGGACUCCGUGCUGCGACAGCAAGGGCAUCAAGAAGGGGCCAUGGGCGCCGGAGGAGGACAAGCUGCUCGUCGACUACGUCCAGGCCAACGGACCCGGCAACUGGCGCAUUCUCCCCAAGCUCGCGGGGCUGAACCGGUGCGGCAAGAGCUGCCGGCUGCGGUGGACCAACUACCUGCGCCCGGACAUCAAGCGCGGGCCCUUCACCCCCGAGGAGCACAAUUCCAUCCUUCAGCUCCACGCCGUAGUCGGCAACAAGUGGUCCAUGAUCGCGGCACAGAUGCCGGGCCGGACGGACAACGAGAUCAAGAACUACUGGAACACGCACAUGAAGAAGCAGAUCCGUCAGGAGGCGGCCGCCGCCGCCGGCGAGGGCGCCGCCGCCCGGCUCGUCACGGUGGCGGCCGCCUCCUGCCCCGCCGCCCGCCACACGGCCCAGUGGGAGACCGCCAGGCUCGAGGCCGAGGCGCGCCUCUCCCUGCUCUCGUCCUCGGCCGCCACGACGGUCACCUCCGCCACCGCCUCCUCCUCGUCGUCCACCGUCGCCGCCGAGCAUGCGGCGCCACCCGACAUCUUCCUGCGCCUCUGGAACUCCGAGGUCGGGGAUUCUUUCCGCGGCGCAGCCGCGCAGCAGGGGCACGGUCCGGAGGCGAGCGCGGCGGGCGCUGGCGUGCCGGCGCUGCUGCCUGAGCUCGGCGGUGGCGGUGACGAUUCCUCGGCCGCGUCGACCUACGAGGCUGAGGCCGCGGCGGACGACGGCUACCAGGCGUUCCUGGACCUGGCGAUGGAGGAGUUCGCGCUGCUGCACGGCCGGCUCGGCGCGUUCUCGGCGUUCCCGCAGGCCGACGUGUUCGCUGAGGCGCACUGCUGCCUUUUCGCUCCGUUUGAGGAGUAGCUUUGCUCGAUCUCAUUGCCAGUCAUCAGACAUCAGAGUAGUAGACUAGACGUACGUACGUGACCACGUGCAUGUACCCUGCAUGCGUCCGUCUGCGUACGCGUACGUACAUACAUACGUACACAUGCCGCUUGUCUUGGGGACGAUGGCGUAUGUACGUGCCUGUACGCAACGAGCGGAUGGGUGGCGCGUGUGACAGUUCGUUAUUAGUCUGUGCCCUAGAGCAAGAGGUUUUUGCGACUGCUCCAAACUAGCCUUGGCAUUGCUCUGGUGAACGAUGUCAACUUUCAAGUAUUCUGCCUCUGCGUGUUUGUGUACAAGC